AUGUGUUUGUAUGAUUGUGUGUGUGCUCUCUUCUGGGACCCUAUCCUUCUCUCCUACACUCCCUCACUCGCCCUCCAGCUCUCAUCUCCCUCCCCCCCUCUCUUGCUCUCCCUUCGACCAGUGACAACAAGAGCAGCACAUACAUCCCCUCCCCCCAUCCACGCCACCCCUCCCCCUUCUUCUCCCUCUCUUUUGUUAAAACUAUUUCAGCAGGAAGGGAGAGAGAGGGAAAAAGUGACCAAUCAUGCCGUGUCAGAAAAAGAGCCUUUUCCCCCCCUGCUGUGUGUGUGCAUGAAUUUCUGCAUGUGUGCAUUUGUGGAUGAUCUUAUUCUCUUGUGUGUGCAUGCUUUUAUUCUAUUUCGGAAACUUCACAGUGAUAAAUGA